AUGCCCCAGACAGGUCCUUCAUCGUCCCCAGCACUGGGCAUCCGCCUUGAACGAAACCAACGUUCAUAUUCUCCAGGCGACACAAUUAUUGGCUGUGUUUACCGAAAAAGUCCUGUCGUGAGUCCAGACUCAUCAGUUUCCAUCUCUCUAUCUGGGAGGACCAAAUCCAAGAUAGUGGUCCAUCGCGCAAAUAACAACACAAGUACUUACCGAGGCCGCUUCAAUCUCAUCCCCGAGUCUGCUUACUCCCAAAAGAUCUUCCAAGGCCCGCUCCAUAUUGAAACCGACGGCGAUGAGCAGACAUGGCCGUUUGCGAUAACACUGCCAAAGUAUGUAGACCCGAGAUACUUGCAAGGCGGGGGCGAAGACGAGAGCUUUAUACCUCUUGGCGCAACAGACUACGUUCUACCAUCGACCUAUACACUUCGCGCCCUUGGAAACACCGAGGGCUUUGUCGAGUACUUUUUGAAAGCUACCUUGAGGGUCACCAGAAAAGGUCAUAUUGAUAUGACUGAAGCUUUCCGUCCGUUCAAUGUCAUCAACCUCAGUCCUGACCCUCCCAUAGCCGACUUUAGGCUCAAAGGGUCACGGAGUCGUCAGACCAUUUCGAGCUAUCGCCUUGUCCCAGGUAUGGAAGACGUCAAGUUAUCAUUUUCUCAGAAGAUAAAGCAGUCUUUCAGCACUUCUAGUGUACCAGAAUUCGUCUACAAUCUUCUCGUUGAUGUCCCAUCCGUCAUUCAACUCGAAAACCCAACUCCGAUCCCGUUCAAGUUACGAGUCGUCCCGGAUUUGAGUGGGACAAGCGAAAUCAUCAAGGAAGUCCCACAAAAGGUCAAACUAUCAUCAAUUUCGAUGCGAAUCGCCAGCAGCACCGAGGUCAUUUGCAAAGGAACUCUGUAUCCCCAUAAAAAGGUGAAACGCGAGGAGAUUGACCUGUGCGUUGAGAGUGCCAUAAACAGAAUUCAGGACGACAUCUAUAUCCCCUGCACAGAUGACGGACCCCCACUCGACAUUGGAGCCAUACUCGAUUUGCGUCUUGAACAACCACGACCUGGUUCUCCUCAUCGACCAAGCAAUUUACCAAAACUCAACCCUACCUUUACCACUUACAACAUUCGUCAUUCGCACAGGCUGACAUGGAAGGUCAUAGGUGAAAUAGCGGGAGAGCGCUUUAGUGCGAUGGGUGCAGUCCCGUUGAAGAUCUUGAAGCCAAGCGACGAGCGAGGGCGACUGGGUGAUAAGACCUCAGUUCAAAGGACGGAAACUGAAGCUGCAUUUGACGGUGCACCAGGUCCGUCUCAAUUGCAAAGGAACGAAUCGUGGAUCCAGCCUCCGGAUGAAGAUGACGCACCCCCAAGCUUUACUGAAGUACUCGAGGAAGACAAAGGAGCUCAGAUAGCUGCUUUCCUUCAUGCACCCCUUCACCCUCAGCGUCUCGAGAAGCUUAGAGCUUUGCCAACUGCCAAGAUUGUUGAGGCAGCCUCGUCUAUCAACAAGGCAGCUUUCUCACCACUGGCCGACAAAAGCUUCUUUCCGAUUAUUCCCAAUUACCUCAACCACGCAAAGAUACUAUCCGAGUGCUCCUGGGUAGAUGCCAUCGUCGCGGGUGAUGCAGUCUUUGAGGGCUAUCUGUUUGCCCACAACCUCAUGGAUGUGCGGCCUGAAGUCUUUUACAAGCACGUAGAAAAUGCACUUGGAGUAGAAAAUUCCAAGAGAGUACUAGAGAUAUACGAAAUAUCCACAGUCAUGGAUCAAAACUUGUUCUGGACCAGGUUAUGCACAUUAUGUGGCGAUGUCAUGUUCUCAUUACCUUGCCACAUCCUAUCAAGAGAGCUAUGGCAGAGUGGCAAGAAACAACAUCGCUGUAUCCUCUCACUGCGCAAUCCCUUCCCUGGUUCCUUCUUCUCCAACGUUCUUGGCCAUCACUUCAUCGAACUCAUCUACCAAUUCAUGACCUUCACGGAGCGUCUCCCUCUCCAGAGACAGCGCGAUGUCUGCGUCGGCUUUGUGCGACGAUGGACGGCCUUCGCCUAUGGAGAAGAGCCUUGGUCUCAGUACACAUGGGUCGAUGAGGCGGUGGCGGUGGCAGAUUCCCGUGAGAGAUGGGUCGUGCGAUCACGAGUGAAGGACUUGGAGGUUUCUACAUAUGAUGAGGGCGGCCAGCGUCGAUAUGAGAAGUGGGAAGCAUUGGAUGAGGUGUUUCGAUCACUAGGGGACAAGGCGCCCGCAGCGGUUGAAGCUCUUAGUUUUCCGACAUUGGUAACUUUGGGAAACAGGUGA